AGCACCAACAGAAUCAGCAGCAGCAGCACCAAGAGCAACAACAGCAGCAGCAGCACCAAGGGCAACAACAGCAGCACCAGCACCAACAGAAUCAGCAGCAGCAGCAGCAAGGGAUGUGGAGAAACCCAGGGGCAGCAGCAACAAGUGGGGCAGCGUUCUGACGACGACCCUUGUGAUCGGCUGGAGCCUCUCGCGAUGCGAGAAGGUGAUUCGGCCCUGUGGCACACCGUUGAGCGCCUCUGCCUUGCCUCCGAGGAAGAGGGGCAAGCGUUUCCACCAAUCGUUCACGCUGCAUCGGCAGAGUCUCCAGAAGACGCUACAAGAAGACGCCCACACGGUGAGCGCUGUGUCACCCCAGCGGCGCACCUCGAAGAGCAAGGUCUUCUGGAGGGUGGUGGUGCAACGGACGCUGUCGCGCGGCUAGCAGCAGCAGAGUCGUUGUCGAGGCAAAGCUUUGCAUGCGGAUUGCACUUGGAGUGGUACCGGCACGCCUCCGCGAGCAGCGGCCUCUCUUGCGGUGCCUCAGCGGCGUCCGCCUCCGCAGGAGGCGGCAGCGUCGGAGACUACGAGGACGUCGCUGCGUUUGGCGCUUCCCCAAACCGCGAAGAGUCGCUUAGGAUUUCGGCAGCAGCUGCACGGCAAAGAAGAGGUUCUGGCGGAAACGGCGACAAGUGGGCAGCGGCAGCAGGCUCUCUUGAGGCGGCGCGAGACGCUGACUGCUCGGCGCGAAGGUGCUGGCAAAAAGUGGGAGAUGCAGCAUCCCUGCCGCGUGAGAGUAAGGCCCUUGUAGAAGUUCGCCGCAGGCUGCGUUCCAGCAGUGACACGAGGACGACACCCCGCAGGGGUGAAGGUUGCGUGUUGGAGGAAGUGGAGUCGGUAGAGGCUUCGCACAGUGGUGCUCGGGUGGACGCCGCCGUUGUCUCCCCCUCUUGUGGAGAUUUGGCAUUGCCUGUCGAGACUGCUGGGGAGAGGCAUGCACACUCUAGCGGCACGCGGCUGACUGUGCGUGCGACGCCCUCCGGAUGCCAGCGGGAUGAUGCAGCGUUCUCGGGGGAGCUGAAGGAAGGGCAGCAGACGCAGAAGCAGCAGCAGCAGCAGGAGCGAGCUGCUGCCGUUAGUCCAGGGGUUGCAGCAGCAGCAGCAGCAGCCGUGUUUGAGAGUGCUGCGAACUGCCAGUAUUUCCUGUCUUGGGGUAUGCGUCUCCCACCGCCUUGGGAUGUGUGCAGCGCGCCGGAAGAGCGCGUGCUUGCUGGUUGCUCGGCUUGCGGUCAGUACGUGGACAUGCGUGGAUCUUUAGAGGGCGUGAUGUCGGGGAAUAUCGCAGCGCUUGCAUGCACUCCGCGCCUCACGGAGGCUCUCGGCUUCCCCCUGGCGUCGUCGGGGGGGCAAAGAGACGUCGGAGUGCGACUGGAGCAAACAGCGCAGCCACAAGAGCUGAAGGUCGCUGCAGACUGCUUUCCUGGAUUUCCGGCGGCACAAGACGAUUGCACGAGCUUCCUGGGGGCAGUGACGUCAACAACAUCGCACUUGAGGGAAGCCACUGAAGAAGGGCCGCCGUUUGCACUUGACGAGUAUAUGCAGCAGCAAAAGGAGGAGCAGCAGCAGCAAAAGGAGGAGCAGCAGCAAAAGGAGGAGGAGCAGCAGCAAAAGGAGGAGCAGCAGCAAAAGGAGGAGCAGGAGCAGCAGCAAAAGGAGGAGCAGGAGCAGCAGCAAAAGGAGGAGCAGGAGCACAGCAGCAGUGAGGGAGCGUUUGAUGCCAAGGCGGAAUUGGCCUCUGUGCGCAUGGCGGCUGCUGCUUCGGAAAAUUCGCGAGGAGUCUUGGCAACGCGUCUGCAGAGCGACGAGGGUGGCGAGAGACGUGUAGGAGAGAAUUCAGAUGCUGAGCGUUCGGCUGCAUCGCGAGACAGCAGCGCAGUUUUGCUGCGGGGAUCCUUUGGCGACGCGGAAAGACAAUCUUCGAGGGUGUGGCUGGCAGAGGCAUCUCUUGCCCGCGAUCUUGAAAAGACUGCUGCCGCGCACCGCGGCAGCACGUCUGCCGCUCCGACAGCAGCAAAUACUUCUGCAUGCGCAGUCUCUGGUCCCCUGCAUGUUGAAGAAAGGGGGAUCGCGGAGCAGCAGGCCGAAGAAGCGGAGCGCAACGCACGAAUGGCUUCUCUGAAUUGCAGCGUCGGUGCAAUCGACAGAGAGGAGGCGUCUAAGGGGAAGCUCCCUAGUGCGUCUACCUUUAAUCCGUCGGCACCAGUGUUCAUUCCAGCGCGGCUCCAACGGCGUGCGGAGAGAAAUCCGCGGCUUGUAAGUCACAGCGGAGUGGCUGAAGAAGCGGCUAGCCAAGCGUCGUCGCUCGCUGCAGGUACUGCAGGUGCUGCUGCGCAAAGGCAGGAGCACGAGGCAGGGAGCUUGGGCGCUUCCUCCGCAAGACUGCGGCAAGCGUCACAUGCGGGGAGAAAUACUGCUGCUCCAUCCCCCGUUCUUAUUUCCCAGGGACGUGGCGUGUGGCGACCGCAAUUCAACGACAACGCGAAGACGAGGCGAAGAAGAAGGAAAAGGAAACGAACGAGGAGGUGUCUCUUUCUGCCUGCGGACGCUGAGUUGGGGGAUGCGACGUCCGUUGUGGAGGUGUCGAGCGGAUGCACGCACGCGUCUCUUUGGAAAAAACGCCGAAAAGCUGCCGGCCUCGUGGAAUGCAAAGAAAAACGUGACGGGCGUCUUUUGCGCGCACGUCCGUGUGUUCGUUAG